AUGCCCUCGGCCACCAGCCACAGCGGAAGCGGCAGCAAGUCCUCCGGACCGCCACCCCCGUCGGGCUCCUCCGCGAGUGAGGCAGGGGCCGGGGCAGCUGCGCCAGCUUCUCAGCAUCCCGCAACCGGCACCGGCGCUGUCCAGACUGAAGCCAUGAAGCAGAUUCUCGGGGUGAUCGACAAGAAACUUCGGAACCUGGAGAAGAAAAAGGGCAAGCUUGAUGAUUACCAGGAACGAAUGAACAAAGGGGAAAGGCUUAAUCAAGAUCAGCUGGAUGCAGUAUCUAAGUACCAAGAAGUCACAAAUAACUUGGAGUUUGCAAAAGAAUUACAAAGGAGUUUCAUGGCAUUAAGUCAAGAUAUUCAGAAAACGAUAAAGAAGACAGCACGUCGGGAGCAGCUUAUGCGAGAAGAAGCUGAACAGAAACGUUUAAAAACUGUACUUGAGCUGCAAUAUGUUUUGGAUAAACUGGGAGAUGAUGAGGUGCGAACUGACCUGAAACAAGGUUUGAAUGGAGUACCAAUACUGUCUGAAGAGGAAUUGUCAUUGCUGGAUGAAUUUUAUAAGUUAGUGGACCCUGAACGGGACAUGAACUUGAGGUUGAAUGAGCAGUAUGAACAUGCCUCCAUUCACCUGUGGGACUUGCUGGAAGGGAAGGAAAAAUCUGUAUGUGGAACAACCUAUAAAGCUCUUAAGGAAAUUGUUGAGCGUGUUUUCCAGUCAAACUACUUUGACAGUACCCACAACCACCAGAAUGGGUUGUGUGAGGAAGAGGAGGCAGCCUCAGCACCGACAGUUGAAGACCAGGUAGCUGAAGCUGAACCUGAGCCCACAGAAGAGUACACAGAACAAAGUGAAGUUGAAUCAACAGAGUAUGUAAAUAGACAAUUUAUGGCAGAAACACAGUACAGCAGCAGUGAAAAGGAGCAGGUAGAUGAGUGGACCGUUGAAACAGUCGAGGUGGUAAAUUCACUCCAGCAGCAACCACAAGCUGCAUCUCCUUCAGUACCAGAGCCCCACUCUUUGACUCCAGUGGCUCCAGCAGAUCCCCUUGUGAGAAGACAGCGAGUACAGGACCUUAUGGCGCAAAUGCAGGGGCCCUAUAAUUUCAUACAAGAUUCAAUGCUGGAUUUUGAAAACCAGACACUUGAUCCUGCCAUUGUAUCUGCACAACCCAUGAAUCCAACACAAAGCAUGGACAUGCCCCAGCUGGUUUGCCCUCCAGUUCAUUCUGAAUCUAGACUUGCUCAACCUAAUCAAGUUCCUGUACAACCAGAAGCUACACAGGUUCCUUUGGUUUCAUCCACAAGUGAGGGUUAUACAGCAUCUCAGCCCUUGUAUCAGCCGCCUCAUGCUACGGAGCAGCGACCACAGAAGGAACCAAUUGACCAGAUUCAGGCAACAAUCUCUUUAAAUACAGACCAGACUACAGCAUCAUCAUCCCUUCCUGCUGCUUCUCAGCCUCAGGUUUUCCAGGCUGGGACAAGCAAACCUUUACAUAGCAGUGGCAUCAAUGUAAAUGCAGCUCCAUUCCAAUCCAUGCAAACGGUGUUCAAUAUGAAUGCUCCUGUUCCUCCUGUAAAUGAACCGGAAACUUUAAAGCAGCAAAAUCAGUAUCAGGCUAGUUACAACCAGAGCUUUUCCAGUCAGCCUCACCAAGUAGAACAAACAGAACUUCAGCAAGAGCAGCUUCAAACAGUGGUUGGCACUUACCAUGGUUCCCAGGACCAGCCCCAUCAAGUGACUGGUAAUCACCAACAGCCUCCCCAGCAGAACACUGGAUUUCCACGUAGCAGCCAGCCCUAUUACAACAGCCGUGGUGUGUCUCGUGGAGGUUCCCGGGGUGCUAGAGGCUUGAUGAAUGGAUACCGGGGCCCUGCCAAUGGAUUCAGAGGAGGAUAUGAUGGUUACCGCCCUUCAUUCUCUAACACUCCAAACAGCGGUUAUACGCAAUCACAGUUCAGUGCUCCCCGGGAUUAUUCUGGCUAUCAGCGGGAUGGAUAUCAGCAGAAUUUCAAGCGAGGCUCUGGGCAGAGUGGACCACGGGGAGCCCCACGAGGUCGUGGAGGGCCCCCAAGACCCAACAGAGGGAUGCCGCAAAUGAACACUCAGCAAGUGAAUUAAUCUGAUUCACAGGAUUAUGUUUAAUCGCCAAAAACACACUGGGCAGUGUACCAUAAUAUGUUACCAGAAGAGUUAUUAUCUAUUUGUUCUCCCUUUCAGGAAACUUGUAAAGGGACUGUUCUCAUCCCAUAAAGACAGGACUACAAUUGUCAGCUUUAUAUUACCUGGAUAUGGAAGGAAACUCUUUUUAUUCUGCAUGUUCUAUCCUAAGCGUCAUCUUGAGCCUUGCACAUUGAUAGAUUCCUCACCCUUGCUUAGGAGUAAAACAUACUUUAUAGGGUGAUAAUAUAUCCAUAGUUAUUUGAAGUGGUUUGGAAAAAGCAAGAUUGACUUUUCUGACAUUGGAUAAAAUCUGUAAAUCAGCCCUAGAGUUGUUCAAUUGUAAUUAACAAAACUAAAAUUUAUCCCAUGAAAGGAAGAUGGAAGGUGUGGAGUGUGGUUUGGCAGAACAACUGCAUUUCACAGCUUUUCCAGUUAAAUUGGAGCACUGAACGUUUAGAUGCAUACCAAAUUAUGCAUGGGCCCUUGAUCACACAUUUAAGGCUGGCUACCAGCUUUGACACAGCACUAUUCAUCAUCUGGCCGAAGUACUGUGGUUAAAAAUAUGUAAAUUGCUUUUUAACAGCUGAUACUAUACAAAACAAAGCCAAAAUGCAAAAUUAGGCUUUGAUUGGCACUUUUUGAAAAAUAUGCAACAAACAUGGGAUGUAAUCUGGAUGGCCGCUUCUGUAUUUAAUGUGAAGUAUUUAGAUACCUUUUGAACACUUAACAAUUUCUUUGACAAUGACUUUUGUAAGGAUUGGUAGUAUGUAUCAUUCCUUAUGACAUGUACAUUGUCUUUCACUAAUUCUUGGAUCUUGCUGUAAUGUCACCUAAAUUGGUACAGGUACUGAUGAAAAUCUUUAAUGGAUAAUCAUAACACUUUUGGUCACAUGUCUUUCCUGCAGCCUGAAGGUUUUUAAAA